UUCUCCCAAGAAUACAUUUGAAUUUGAAUUCUUCACAUCCCCUUUGAUGGCUGAUGACCAAAAUCCUUUCUGAUUUGAACCCAAAUACUCCUCUAUUGAUAAUAUUCAAAAUCCCGAGAUUCCUCAAUAUGAAAUAAUUGGCACCUCAAAAGCUUUAGAAGCUCAUAGAGUUGGGGAUUCUGAUUCAUUGUUUGGGGUUUCUGAAGAUUUUACUGAGAGAGAUACUCAAAAGAAGGAGACUCAUCAUAUUUUAGAGUCAAAAGAUUGCUCUAAUAUAUUAGUAAAGGAGAAAACUCAUAAUGCUGAAGAUUCCUAUGCACAGAUAUCUGAGAUUCCUCUGACUAAGCUCUCUUGGCCCAAACCAGCUAGUAAAGAGGUCAACCAGAAAUCAAACAAAAAUUCCUUCACGAGAUGGGGCAAGAAGGAAGACAAGGUGUUAUUCAGAAAGAUUCGAGAAAUGGAGAAAGAAGGGAUUUUUGCACUUGAUGAACUCCUUAGGCUUGAUCCAAACACUGAUCUAAUUCAUCAGAAAGGAUUACAAGAACUUUGAGAGAGAUCUGGCUGGUUAAAGGCUUCUCCAGAAAAGCUCAUAGCGAGAAUUCAGAAAAUAUCUAAAUUUGAGUUUUCAUUUAGAGAAAUUAAGAAUUUGAAGAAGAUCUUAAGAAGAGACUACAAAUAUCAGAAUAUCGACUAUGAAAAAGUAAUUGAUGAAUUCCCGGGCAAAACAAUGGCAGCCCUCCAAAGCUUAUGAAUGAAUCUAAAAGAGUCUUAUUUUCAGAAGAACUUGACUGUAUUUAGGAAGGAUCAUAACAAGUCCACUCAAAAAGAUUCCUAA